AAAUCUCUGCUGAUCUGGGAAAGUCUGGCUAGGCACUGGAAGUUUGACUCGGGAAUCUGUAAGCCCUGUGUCUUUAAACUCGGGGAAACCCUAAAGGCGGGACUCUUGUCACUCAAGCCUCACCAACCAAUCAGUGCCUCCGAGCCGAACUGCCAGUCAGAAGUCGUGCCGGGCUCUUCCGUGAGCGUCGCUGCGCUCCUUUUGGAUUGCGGAGGAGGUGGGAGCAGUUUUCGCGUGUUGUGCUGCCCGUGCCGCUGCAGGAGCUGGGAGAAGACCAUGGGCGAGCCGGGAAGCCACGACGUGAAUGCAGUGACCUAUGAUGAUGUGCAUGUUGACUUCACUUGGGAAGAGUGGACAUUGCUGGAUCCUUCCCAGAGGAAUCUCUACAAAGAUGUGAUGCUGGACACCUACCACAGCCUCAGUAUCAUAGGAUACACUUGGGAAAACCAUAAUAUUGAAGAACAUUGUCAAAGUUCUAGAAAGCAGGAAAGACCUGAAAGAAAUUAUCCUGGAGAGAAAUCUUCUGUUUAUAAUCUAUGUGUUAAAGCCUUUGCAUAUGACGGACUUCUUCAAAGGCAUGAAAGCACACUUAUUGGAGAGAAACCUUUUGAAUGUCAUCAAUGUGGUAAAGCCUUUGCUUAUCACUGCUAUCUCCAAAAGCAUGGAAGAACACAUACCGGAGAGAAACCCUAUGAAUGUAAUCAGUGUGGUAAAACCUUUAAUGAACAAAGCAAUCUUCGAAGGCAUAAAAGAAUACAUACUGGAGAGAAACCUUAUCAGUGUAAUCAAUGUGGUAAAACCUUUGCCUAUCACUUAGGUCUUCAAAUGCAUAAAAGAACACAUACUGGGGAGAAGCCCUAUGAAUGUUAUCAAUGUGGUAAAAGCUUUGCUUGUCACAGUGCUCUUCAAACACAUAAAAGGAUACAUACUGGAGAGAAACCCUAUGAAUGCAAUGAAUGCGGUAAAGCUUUCGUUCAACAUAGUCAUCUCCUAAUACAUAGAAGAACACACACUGGAGAGAAACCCUAUGAAUGUAUUCAGUGUGGUAAAACCUUUGCUCAUCACAAUGCUUUUCAAAUGCAUAAAAGUACACAUACUGGAGAGAGACCAUAUCCAUGUAAUGAAUGUGAUAAGUCCUUUACAUAUUACAGUAAUCUUCAAAUACAUAAAAGAUCACACACUGGAGAGAAACCCUAUCAAUGUAAUCAAUGUAGUAAAGCCUUUCCAUACCACAAUAAUCUUCAGAUACAUAAAAGGACACAUACUGGAGAGAAACCUUAUGGAUGUGAUCAGUGUGGUAAAACCUUUUCUCAUCACAAUGCACUUCAAAUACAUAAAAGAACACAUACUGGAGAGAAACCCUAUGAAUGCAAUCAGUGUGGUAGAGCCUUUGCACAACAAAGUAAUCUUAAAAUGCAUAAAAGAACACAUACUGAAGAGAAACCCUAUGGAUGUGAACAGUGUGGCAAAACCUUUAAACACCAGCGUAGCCUUCAAAUACAUAAAAGAACACAUACUGGAGAGAAACCCUAUGGAUGUGAUCAGUGUGGCAAAACCUUUAAACACCUGCGUAGCCUUCAGAUGCAUAAAAGAAUACAUACUGGAGAGAAACCCUGAGAAUGUAACCAAUGUGCGAAUAUCUUUGCAUUAAUAAGCAAUCUUUGAAAUCAUCUGAGAAAGAUGUAGUGCAGAAAUACCCUAAAAAUAUAGCCAGUGUUGCAAAGUUUUGCACUUUAUACAGGAGUUAAUGUUGUAUAUACAAUCAGUCUGUUAAAACCUUUGUGUUUUCAAUAGUCUUUGAGUGCCUAAAACAAUUCUGAGUGUAUUUUUAUAAAGUAUUUGGUAAGCUCUCUAUCCAACACACUUUACAUCCUUGCAUAAAAGAGCAUUCAUUCUGUGGGAAAUUUUGACAGUGUGAACAAUCUGUUCAAGAUUCAUGAUGCUGUAUUUUAUAUUGUUGCCAUCUGAAAACUCAUAGACAAAAUCAGUUUAUGAAGUUGUGAAGCUCUAUGUGAAGUUGUCAAAAAUCAGACCUUGGUCCUGAUAAUAAAACUUUU